CAGAGGUGUUUAAGAGACCAGCGUUAAGCCAAGCGAUCGCUACACUGGGUAAAGUCGUCGAGCGAACCGAACUAGGAGAAAGCUUUAGGUCUCACGGUGUUCAUUCGUGAUUUACUAGAAGACAUUGGAGCAGUGCGCAGUUGCACCCAAACAAGCAAUGUUUAACCCCAGAAAGAAAACGUCGCGUAACGGAGGAAAAGAAAAAAAGAAGGGUAAGGGAAAACCGCCCAUGUUCACCCAUAGACGUGGCAUUUUCUCCAAACGCGACGUUAGCGAUGAUGUAACAAAGCCAUGGGCUGCUGUUGGAACUUGGUUUCUUGGCCCAAAAGCAGAGAAUGCCGACGUGUUCAUUGAUCUAAUGUUUGACUCCAUUAGAGCCCAUAUGGACUUUCGCCGAGGUUUCUACCCUUGUGAUCCACCAUACGUCACGGACGAGUUGCGAAAGGCAGAGUCUUUCAAAAGAUCCUAUGAGAAAAUAAAAACAGAAUUGGAUAAUAUUCAGAAGGACCUGUAUAGAUCUGUUCCAUUUUUCAGUACGAGAUACAAGGGACAUGUCAACUGGGACACCGCAGUUCCUGCAAAUCUUGGGUAUAUAGCCUCCAUUUUGUGGAACCAAAACAACUGCGCAGCUGAAGGUGGACCGGCAACCACUGGGUACGAGGUCCAGGUUGGCGAAGACCUAUGUGAGAUGGUCGGCUUGAACAGGAACACCAGCUUGGGACACUUGGUAGCUGGAGGAUCAGUUGCCAACGUUGAAGCUAUAUGGGUAGCAAGAAAUCUUAAGUACUAUGCACUUGGACUUCAAGAAGCUUUGCUGAAAGAAGAACAGCUAAGAGGUCCACGUGGUUACGAGAUAAACCUUUCUCAUCAUGAGACCCCAACUCUAUUGAUCACCGCUACGCAAUGGGAACUCCUCAAUCUAGAUACUGACACAAUCAUUAAGAUGCCAGCUGAUGUGGCGACUCUGGCUGAAAUCGAUCAGAAAGCGCUUCGGAAAAUCUUGGCUGACUAUCUCUACGAGUCCAUUGGUGCUCAGGAAUUCUGCAACCGUCACAAGCUCACUACAUCACCUUGUGUUGUGGUUGCCAGUACCUACCAUGUGUCCUUCCUCAAAGCGGUAACCAUCACGGGUCUUGGAAAAGAUUGUCUGGUGACAGUUCCUGUUGAUGCGAAUGCUCGCAUGAACUCUCAAGUGCUGGAAAUUACUCUACGAGAGAAGUUGUUGAAAAAAAUUCCUGUUAUAAGUGUAAUCAGUAUCAUGGGGACUACAGAGGAGAGUGCAGUUGACCCAUUGGUGGACAUCCUCUCAAUCAGGACAAAACUGAGUCAAGAGGGACUGAAUUUUAGCAUCCACGCGGAUGCAGCCUGGGGAGCAUACUUCUCAUGCAUGUUUCGUGAGCCUCAUGUGAGCGUCGCCAUGGCGUCCCCUGCAGAAGAAAGCUUCGUUCCUGAACUACAGCUAAAUAGCCACGUUACAGACCAACUGAAGGCUCUGAACCAGUGUGACACCAUUACAGUGGAUCCUCACAAAUCCGGCUUCUGCCCGUAUCCAGCCGGGGCAAUCUGCUACCGUAACCAAGGUCUCAAUAACUUCCUGUCUUUAACCAGUGGUGUAGUCUAUUAUCAUGGUGAUAUCAACCUUGGAGACCUUGGCCUGGAAGGAUCCAAACCUGGUGCAGCUGCCACUGGAGUGCUGCUCGCCAACAGGGUGAUUGGACUCCACAAGAAUGGAUACGGCCGUAUCUUAGCGGAGUGCAUGUUCACCUCCAAGAUCCUUUACUGCUACUGGGUCUGCAUGGCAGAGGAUACUGAUGAUUUUUUUUGUGAAACAACCAAGCCACUUCCCUCCGGAAAAAUUCCUGUUUCUCCUGACAGCGACGAGAAGGUUGACUACAAAACUUUCAUAAAACGCAACGUGUUGGGAAAAUCCAAUGAAGAACUCUCGCAGGACAAAUACACCAUGAGUAUCCUCAAAGAAAUUGGGCCUGACACUAUGAUUCCUUGCUUCUCUGUUAAUAUCCGCGAAAAUAAAGAUGUGAGCCAAUGUAACAAUAUCGUCAGUGCAAUCUUUAACGACCUGAGCCACGCUUCCACCGAAGAAUCUGAACAAAGGGUCCCUAUGAUUGUGACAUCUUCUACAAUGCAAGAUCACAAAUACAGCUUAGCUCUGAAGAAAUUCAAGGAAAGACUUGGGCUGAGCACAGACAACAAGGAAGGAGUGAAGUACGUUAUCACCACAUGUCUGGAUCCGUGGUCCACUUCAUUGGAAUUCAUGGACGACUUCGCCGACAUCAUGAGGAACGCAAUCCUCAAUGCCAUUGGCACGGUUACGGACAAGCCAGACUGCCACAGUUUUGUUUGCACAGACAAGGUGAAUGAAAAGAACGAAAUAUUCGUGUGUUAUGCUGGAAACUUCAGCCAGACUCAACACCGGUACUUCUCGGUUGCAAGGUUCAAGUUCCACUCAGAGGCCGACGUGGCUACUUUUAAUGAUGCUGUGCAGAAAGCUGGUGAUCAGCCUGUGGUAAUGCAAAAUCUUAAGACUGAACCAAAGAAGCUUCAUGACCUGCUGUUUAACGAUUCCGGGGAAAAAAGAGAAACCGUGAAGUUUGAUUUCUUUGUUGGCCUCCCAAGUGGAAUUAUUAGACCGUUCAUGACGGCCGACAUGGCGAUCAAAGACGUGCCUCGUUAUGACCACUUUGACAAAGCCGAUGAGCAGUACCCAGAGGUUGCCACAUACGUCAUGUAUGGUAACUUGAAUGAUGCCUACCUGUUCCAUAUUCCGACAAAGGACCCAGAUUACUUGCAGGUAGGUCAUCGAAGAGGUACCUUUGAGAUUGUCCGACUUGCAGAGGUCCCAAAAGGCUUAGGCGAUGGUGGUGAAAAAUCCGUGGUUCUAAAGCAAGGUGUGGAUGCUGAGUUGCCCAGGGUUCCCGGCUCCCCCACCUUUGACCCCCAAACUAAAAAGAUUAAGGACCCCCUGGCAGACACGAAAUACUAUGUAGAAUUCGUUGGAAUUCAAGGACAAGAAAUUAAAACUACUGUCAUGAUACAAAAGAAAAUUUGGUUUGACGGCGACGUGCUAAACAAAUCUGCAGUUGCAUAAGAACAUAGUGAAAUGAGACAGUCCAGUUGAAUACUAACUGUGAUUAUUUCAUGGCAGAUAAAAGGCAUAUGUGUCUGUUCUAGAGUUAUUUUGGAAACUAUAGCUAGCUCUACGAACACUGCUUAAGGCGAAGCCUCGAUACCGCUGAUUUAAGUUUAUUUCAAAGUAGUCUGCAAUGAGUGACAAUCACGUGACAGUUAUGCUGUCACGAUGUCUUAGUCUUUCAAAUUAGUCUGUGACGUGUGACAAUUACGUGAAAAUUAAGCUCUCACGAUGUUUUAGUUACUGGAAUCUGAGAUUUUUAUUGGUGUAAUGGUAGGAGAACUUAAAUUCAACCAGACAUUAAAAAACAUCGCGAGGUCGAUGAUUUAGAAUAGUCAGUGAAGUCAAACCAAGCAAUUGUUGGAAGUAGUUUGCUACAUUACAAUAAAGUCAAUACCCUGAUCAGGGAUCUUUGC